AUGUGUCAGUGCGGUGCGGUGUGGGUGUCGUGCCAUGUGAUGGUUGCAGACUCAGUUCCCGUGUGUAUGCGUGUGUGGCCGGUGGGGUGGGUGUGGGUUGCUGCUCCGCUCCGUUGUGGGUGGCUGCCUGUAUUAUGUGUGGAGGGUCGGGUUCUCUUCAUUUGUAGGGUGACGGCGCUGCGAUGGCUGUCGCAGAGGCGCUCGCGUGGAUCGUAUUUGUUUUGCGCAGCAUCCGUGGUGUAUUGGAUGGGCUCGUUGGGCCAGCGAAAGGUACUGGCGAAGCUGCAGAAAGCCGUGGGAUGGAUUGUGGCAGCAGGGGGGAGGCUGUGGCCUGCUGUUGGAGCGUGUUGCUUGGGGUUGGGGCUCUCUAGCCCCUGCGGAGAGGCGCAGCGAAGGCGACAGAGAUGUUGCGUUUUUCCGGGCAGCCGUUAG